AUGGGUAGAAAUAAAUGGCUGAAGAAGGAGGAGGAAGAGAGGCAGGUUAAAGUGUUCAGGGCCCUGUAUACAUUUGAGCCCAGAACGCCAGAUGAACUGUACUUUGAAGAAGGAGAUAUUAUUUACAUCUCAGAUAUGAGUGAUACAAAUUGGUGGAAAGGAACUUGCAAAGGGAGAACUGGACUAAUUCCAAGCAACUAUGUGGCAGAGCAAGCUGAGUCUAUCGAUAACCCACUGCAUGAAGCUGCCAAACGUGGCAACCUAAGCUGGUUGAGAGAGUGUUUGGAUAAUCGAGUUGGGGUCAAUGGCUUAGACAAAGCAGGAAACACAGCUCUGUACUGGGCAUGCCAUGGAGGCCACAAAGAUAUAGUGGAUGUUCUGUUUACUCAGGCAAACCUAGAGUUAAACCAACAGAACAAACUGGGAGACACAGCUUUGCAUGCUGCUGCAUGGAAAGGUUAUGCAGAUAUUGUAGAGAUGCUGCUGGCAAAGGGAGCAAGAACAGAUCUGAAGAACAAUGAGAAGAAACUGGCUUUAGAUAUGGCGACCAAUGCAUCUUGCGCUUCCCUGCUUAAAAAGAAACACAGUGCAGGUACAGUCCGAACAUUAAGUAAUGCAGAGGAAUACCUUGAUGAUGAAGACUCCGAUUAGCUUUUUUCAUUCAGCCUAAAGAACUAUAACUUGCAUUGCCUAUGUCAUUCCCAAAACAUACCUUUGCAACUGUAAAAAUACCUUACUUAAAGUCUUCCAAUACGACAUAUAAAUGAGAGGGUGAAAUCAUGCUUUCCAAAGGAAUAAUCUUGAUGUGUGCCAGUAGAUGCCACAUUUUAAAUCAGAGUUUCUUUGGAAUUAUCUCACAGAGGAAGUGUGGCAUUCCCUUAUUGUUGAAUGGGCAAAGGACUGCCUUCUACACUCAUAGGUUUCAUCUCAGGCCUUCCCAGCAAGUGCCUCGUGUCCCUGGAAUACGCUUCUCAAACUGCAAGGUCCCUCUGGGACAGCAGGACACCCUUGCUAAUGUUUCCCAAAACCUCCCUGGGUAUAGGUUCCUUUGUGCAGAUAAGAUAAUACUGGCAGAAUCAGUACUGGCUGACAGGCAUGAGUGGAGAUGCUGUUGUAAAGAGUGACUAUCUUUUGCCCACAUGGAGCCAGCAAGACAAGGUUUGAUUUUUUUUUUUUUUGGUAAAAAUUUUUUCCCCCUAUUCCUUCCUGUACUCCUUUAAGGGGUAGAAUGACAUGGGAUGAUCUGCCCCUGGAUGCUUUGUCUUCUCUAUUGCUAUGGGCCCAAUCCCUGAAAUGUAAACUCAGGUGAAAUGCUUGCUUAAGUCAGUUCUGUUUGAGAAAUACACUUAAUUUUGGAUUUAGUGACUUGAUUCUUUUGCUUUUUGAAGUGCAUUAUGCUGAAACUAUUCAUAGUGAAAGGAAGACAGAAUAUUUUUCUAUUUAUCUUGCCUAAUUUUUUUUUUACUGAUCUCUCACUUUUUAUUUUUUAAAAGUAUUCUUAUAUAUUGUCCUAAAGUACCUCAAAGCUUAAACAUGUUUGAAGGAAUGAGGGAAGAUGUAUAUCAAAUAUACCACAGGUAUCUUUAGAAGAGAUAUCUGAAGCUGAAUAAACAUUUUUAAAAUUUAUUGCUGCUUCUUGUGAAUUAGAGAACUAAAAAAUGAAUUGAGCCACUUUGAAUCUUCCCUGCAGAGUUAAAAAAUAAGUAUGUCCUUCAGAUUGCUCAAAUAGCUGCAGCCAAAUGUUAUAUCCUACUGAAGGAUUGUUCCUUACUGUGAUGGUAAGAAAACGUUACAAGUAUUUGAGAUACAAUCUCGUUUUUAAUUUUUGUUGCUAACUUCUCUAUUAGCAACUUUGACAGAUACACUCCAGCGCAAGUCUGUGAUAUUUAAAAAAAAAAAAAGGCAAAAAAAAAAA